AUGUCGGCAUGGCUGAGGUCCAUUUUCAUGUUAUUAUUCUUCCGAUUUUCAACCAAACGAAAUAUCACCCUCAUGUUCAAGAACAUAUGGCUUCAGCUUUUGAUAACAUGGAGAAAGAUUUGUUAUUUUUUGAGCAGAAGGUUUGGUUUGCCCUUGUGGAGGUGAGUACUCACUUUCCCGCUACUUAAGCCUUUUCUCAGCGGCUUAAUCCAUAAAUACAUUACUGGCCGCAAGGGUUAAAGCUCUAGUUUGUUCUCCUGGAUUUGGCUGUACUUCAACAUAAUGUGCUCCUCACACGAGGGUAUGAUAUAUCAGCCCAGGUUUUCAACUCUGUGAGCGCGGAUGGUAAGAGCGGUUCUGAUGAUAACAUCCUGCCAGAUGAACGAGUCAAAAACGACUUCCAACGCUUUUUGAUGCCUUGACUGGGUUAAACUCUUGUACGGUAUGCUGUAGACAUGGGGGUAUAGACUGAAUUUUCGAUUUUGUUUUCAUGAAAGUAUUUGGCCGCUUGAAAUCUCGAAAUUUUUCUUCAAGUUUGCUUCCCGUUCAAUCUUUGUUUGAAGACCCGGAAGUUAGCUUACCGGGACGUAUAAAGCUACCACAACAGACGACAAAACUGUUUUUCUCAUCAGAUCUUGACAAGCAAAUAUUUCAGGUAGCGUAAGGACAAUUGCCACAAGACGAACACGAUCAGGAAAGAAAUCAAAGAGUAGCUUGUUGGGUCUAACCCCCAAGAUUAAGGCCAACUUACGACGUAGCCUACCCCCCUCCCCCCCCACCUCCGGUAGAUGAUAAGCCGAAAUAUAGACCACGUGACCAAAACUGUGGGGACAAGAAUGAAAUGUACGUAGGAAAGCAUUGGGUGCUAGAGGUAUUUAUUUUCUCGCGUGCUUUUAUCGGUACGGUUCAUUCAUUUUUGUCAAGUAUUACCUGAAUUACUAUUUUUUUUUCUCUGCAGCUAUAUUUACGGCAAAGACAUUCCAGCCACUCCCCUUUCAUUGUUUCUGUUUAACGUUGGUAAGUGGCAAGACACGGUUUGGGAGGAAAGAAAAAGAUUUUUGUCUCCUUACAUCCCUUUCGAGGAGAAGUUUAUUGGUGAAGUGUUUGGAAUGGGCGAAGUUGAAGUACGUUACACAGGUAGCUUUCGGGUUGGACUCCAAUCCUUGGGGAUGACCGGAUCCGACAAUGACAUGAUGUACAUCUACAAAUCCAUAAGGGUGAACACCACUCAGAAAGCAAGUUCUACAGACCAUUUAACCAUUAAAAGUUCUGAUCAGCCAGGUCAUGUAUAUCUGAGGCUUAACGUCCCCAAGUCAGUUUUUAUACAGUUCUAUCACAGGAUUGCAUUAAACGUGCAAGCGGACAACUUUGGUUUCCCAUCUCCAGGAGAGGUUGACAAAAUCUUAGAUGAAUCGGGGUUGCAAAAUCUACAAGAGGGACCGUGUGAAUUUUUUCUGUCAUCCGAAGUCUUUACCGAGCUUCAUUCUCGUUUCAACUAUUUUCGGUUCGGCGGUUGGGUGACCUUUCAACAGUCUGGUCCAGCUUCAACUGUACGCUGGAACAUUUCCACAUUGCCUAAUUACGUGAACCUUGGGCCCCUGGAUAAUGUGUUCGCUCUUCACUGUCCCUCUUGGCCAGAAGAGGCAUCUAGUUGGCUUAAAAGGGAAAGAAAGUUUGGCUUCCCCAAGGACGAUGUUGUCAAAAAGAUGUUAGACUACGGAGUUGACCUUGUUCCCAAGCCCAGAAAAAUGGAGCACCCAUCCUCAUACCAGAGAAGAAAAACGUUUAUGUGGAGGCUUUCGUUUUCCGUCCCUGAGCUGCUGCUUGUCAAUUCCUGGAAUGAAGCCCAAAGGAUCUGCUACAGGUACGCUAAAACGCUGAUGAAGACAAAUCUUAAACACCUGGACAUUCCAAGUUAUUGUGGCUUAAACGUAAUGUUUUGGCUGAUCGAGCAGACGGACCCAGCCCACUGGGUUGAUCAUCAUCUUGUGUUUUCCUUACAGAUGUUUUUUAAAAAUUUGGAGCGAUGUUGUCUGAACGGAUUUUGUUCUCAUUAUUUCAUACCUGAGAACAACCUAUUCAUAGAUAUUUCUCAGGAUAAACUGCUCAAGGGUUCACAGACCUGUAGGGAGAUCAGUCAGAACUUGUACGUUCAUCUCUGGCUAGAUGAAGGAAUUUGGUGCUAUUUGAGUGGACUUCGCCAAACCACUUGGCAUUCAUUUAAUUCCGCAUCAACAUUGUGCAAAAUGUGUGAUGAGAACAUCUUGACGGAAUUUUUGGAGAGGUGGUCGCAGGCCUUAUCAGACUUGCAACGGUCUUGCGAGAGAAAUUUUCGGAUUUAUUACUGCUUAAAAGUGUACAGAGAAUUGGCUCGUGCCUGGUAUGCGUCAGAGCAAUACCCUCAGCGAAGGGAAUUCAUCCUUAAAGCUGUGAGAACAUUUCUGCACGACUCUCGCAAAAGACAACAAACGGCAGAGGAGAAGUUCAUUGCCGACAGUGUUUGCUUUGCAAACCUGAGGUGCUUGAGGGCCUAUUUCCAUGAGGUUACAUCUGUCUCAGAAUGGCGCUUUUUCUACCGAAAGGAGUUAAUCCAACUGCAGCAAGAUCUAUUUCAUCGAAAGGACUUUCAGGGCUCUGUCAAUGUAGCUCUUCAUAAUUACUUGCAUGGAAACUUUGAAGCUGCAGCAAGAGUUUUAGAAAGUGACUCUUUGACGGAUGAAACUGAGAAUAGUGCGCAAAGCAUUCCAGUGUUUUCUCCUUUCGAUAAAAGUUCUGCUGACCCAUUUAUCAGAGAAUUUCCCUUCAAAGGACACGCAUUUUACUGUCCAGAGAUCGUCGUUCGUUGGUACCUGUUGUGGAAAUGCUACCUUGUGAUGGACAGAAAUGACACUGAACGAGCUGCCUUGGCUCAAAGGAAGCUCAGAGAGCUGGAUCUCUGCAAUUUAUAUCAAGAAAACCUCAGAAUAAUGAAACCAUUAUUUGAACCGUUUGGGAGAUAUUUGAAAGACCUUGCUAUUCGACAUAAGGACAGGUCAUGA